AUGCCUCGCGGGUGGAAGACCUCAGAAGCGCAGUUGCUGGACGACGGGUACACCUACGAGUGCCUCGAGAGCGGGAACCGGGUCACGCAGAUCAUGGUGGCCAUAGACGGUCUGGCAGUGGCUGUCAAGAAGGAUGGCGCGGCUCACACGUGCAUCAACACCACCAGAGGGCUAACGCUCGCACAGCUGCGCUGGAUCUUCUCCGACUGGAGCGAUGCAGAGCUGGAGAAUGACGGCGUAUCCACUGCAUCGUGCGUGCCCAACAUGGACGACAAUGCUGUCAAGGAGUGGAGCGACUUGGAUGCCAGGUGCGAGGAGACGCCGAUCAACCCUUACGGCGCCGGCGACCAGUCUGCGACACGGUUUCUUCGGGGAGACGGUCCUGGGCGACUUCGGGGGGACAGAGUAUUUCUCGGUUUGCGACGCCGACGAUUAGCAUAA